CUCUAAUGUCUCUCUCAGCCUCAGGUUCUCCUCUUGCUUGGUCACUUUUUCCUCCAAAAGGCGUUAGCUGCACUCUUAGCCUAGCUUGCUGCCGACUUACUUCGUUUUCGCUCGGAUUACAGCUCUGGAGAGAUUUCUUUCUUCUCUUCCCUCGUGUUUUUCCUUCUCUGUCGCGGUAAUAUCAGUUUCUCAGGUAUGUAAAUCGCAGGGCUCCUGUGUUUUUAGCACGAUGGCCGUUGGCUUCUAAUUUGCUUGUUUUCCACGGAUGACGGUUAGACUGUAAGCACGCGUAACGGUUUUGUUUUUAAAUGAUUUUGGCGCCUUUCCUUCCACGGGAACUUUGGAGCUACGUAACGUUCGAUUUUCCCGCUAAAAACGCGUUUCAGCGCUUUUGUUUUGUUCGUUUUAGUUUUUUUCUCACACUUUUUGCAGUUUUUUUACAAUUAAGAAAUAACCUUUUGCCGUUUGUAAAAGAACAGAAGUAGGUUUUAGCGCAGAUUUUAUAGCUAUUUAAAAAUAAUCAUUCUUUUUUUUUUUUUGUGCAAAAUCCAACAGAAAAAACAAACAAACACUUUUUUCAACCAAGCUUGCAAUGUAAGCCAAACGUUUUGUGGGCAAGAACACAUGCAGCAUCGAUUUUAUAACUUUUAUUUUCUUCGUUUGAUUUUAUUUCCGUCUUCAGACUGGACAUGUGGGGAUCGAACGGCCGUUAGCCUAGCAUGCUCACACGUUCUCGAUUUUUCAGCACGUCCUGUCACUUUUUAGGAUCGUCCAGCUGCUGUUUUUUUAACCCCUCGUGGCGGACAUGGCCUACAGUGUGGAGCGGGAGAUGCUGGAGAGAGGCCUUCAGCCGCGGCUUUGUUAUUUGACCAAAGGCGACUGCGGCUACGGCUUCCACCUGCACGGCGAGCGGCACUGCGGCGCUCAGUUCAUCCGCAAGAUCGAGCCCGGUUCACCCGCUGACCUGGCUGGACUCCGCUCUGGUGACCGGGUGGUGGAGGUCAAUGGACUAAAUGUAGAGAAGGACUCGCACCACCAGGUGGUUGAGAAGAUCAUGGCAGUGGAGCACCGGACCAGGCUGCUGGUGGUGGACAGAGAAACAGAUGAGUUCCUGCACUUCCACAGACUGCCCUGCACUGAGGAGCUGGCUGUGGAGAUGGGCUGCCUCUCCCCACGUUCCUCCUCUCUCGCCUCAUCCCCCAGAACCUCCUGCUCCUCCUCACCUCACGUCUCGCACUCCUCCUCCCCACGGGACUCCAUCACCCCGCCCUUCAGCAGAGGCUGCUCCAACAAACUCAGAAUGGCCAUCGCAGCCAAGGAGAUGGACAAACUGGCCUUCAUCAUGAACGGCAACAAGACUCCCCCCAUCUCUCCAUCAGUGUUACUCAGCUCUCCGUCACUGCAUCCUCAGCCCAUCACUCCUCCACCCCACCCUCCAUCCCCCUCUACGUCACUCUCAGAGACCGUCUGCCAAACGCAUCUCAGCGCUACAUUCACCAGCCCCCAGGAGGAAGCUGUAGCGGAGGAGGAAGCGGUGAUGCAGGACCUGCGGCCGCGUCUGUGCUGCAUGGCGAUGAGCGAAGGGGGAUACGGCUUUAACCUGCACUGCGCCAAGAACCGCAUGGGGCAGUUCGUCCGCUCGGUGGAUCCAGACUCGCCUGCAGAGAGAGCAGGUUUACGGCCCGGAGACAGAGUGGUGGAGGUGAAUGAUCGGAGCAUCGAGGAUAUGAAGCACUCGGAGGUCGUGGCGUUUAUUCGGGGAGGAGGAGGACACGCGCAGCUUUUGGUGGUCGACCCAGAAACAGACGCGCUUUUUAAAAGGCUGGGAAUUACACCCACGGCAGAACACCUUAAAGAGGAUUGUGUGGAUGGACCACUCAUAGAGAGUCCAGUGUCAGACCGUCCAAACACAGACAGCUCUGCUUCUCCUUCACCAGUCACUGAUGGACCCCUCAUUUGCCCACCAAUAGUAAAUGUCACGCUGACUGAUCCACCAAUCACAAACGGCUCUCUGAAGCACCAAAGCCACGGAAGCUCCUCCUCGCACUCCACCCUAUCAGAGACAAGUGCAGAGCUGAGCAGCUCUGACGCCGGCAAUAAGAUGUUUGAUUUGAGUCACUGCAAGUGCCACAGCGGCCUCAGUGGAAAGCAGGAGUUAAAGUCACAGCAGGAAUCGUUUUUGGAGAGUGACCUGCGCCUCAGCCCCACAGCUGCCGAGGCCAAGCAAAGAGCCAGGGCGAAAAGAGCCAACAAGAGAGCGCCCCCCAUGGACUGGAACAAGAAAAAGGAGAUCUUCAGCAACUUCUGAAGAGCCUGGACCACAAAAACUCCCCAUGCUGACAGAAACCAAAGAAAACAGACAUUCAAGACUUGGGCCAGAGCUGGGGCUGAAUGUUUAGCCCUGGAAAAAAGUGAGGGGAUUUGAAAAAGACACUUUGUAAAAGGAGGUGUUGAUUUUUUAACUCCACCAUUCUUUUUUCUUUAAGCCUCCCUCCUCCUUAAAAUGGCCACAUGUCAGGAAGAAACCCCAAAAGCCUGGUGACAAAAGAGAGACAAACAAUAAUAUACCCUUAAAAAUAGUGAUACCAUAGAAGAAGUCCUUCUGCUUCCCUGAAGAACAUUUCCAUCCCCUGGAAAUUUACUUAAGGAACCGAACGUCACUCCACAGUGUACUUCAUUAUUAAGAGUGUACAGUAAACAACUCUACAGAGAUGGGUUUUGAAAGACAUGGUCACACAGGAGACACACGGUCAACGGCAAAACCAAGAGAAGAGUCAAAUUGCAAGUGGGAUUUUGUGGAUUUAGGAAGUGACAAAGGAUGCUAAAAGGUAAAUAAGUCUGAAAAUGAUGGAUUCAAGUUGGACAUGACAGAGUUUCUGUCAACGACAAUGAAAAGGGAAAAUGAAAAAGAAAAUAUCAUGGAGACAUGGAUCAAAAAUACAGUACUGGAUACAACCAUGUCGCUCCAGUGGUGAGAGUAUGAGAAGGAUAAAGGGCAGGAUAGACAGACAGACAGAUGGACAGAGGAAGAAGGUCUUGGUAUGAUGAUUUGAAAGGCAUGGAAAAAAAUACUGAUGCCUGAUUCAGAUUUUGGUGUUAUCAGAAGUUUGUUGUUCACAUGUCGCCACAGUUAAGCUUUUUUUAACUUCUGCUUUUCAACAUUUCAUGAUGGGCCAACAAAAAAUAACAAAUAACCCAAAUUUACUUUGGACUACAAUCUUGUUACAUGAAUGUUUGUUAAAGUUAACACCUUAAAACCUGCACUAUUGUGUGUUUUGGGGAUUUGGCGACCUCCCUGGUCAAAAUGUGUUAUUGCACAUACACAUAAGUUGUGUUUCGGAGCCCUUGCCCAAGCAGAGGACAUUGAUGAUUGCGAGAGAAUUGAAAGAGUAUUCAAAACUUGGUGAAGGACACGUCCACUGAGGAUGUGAGUGAAUUCUAUACUGUUGUCAUUGAUUUUGCAUUUGAGACCUAAACAUUAAGAUAAAGUGACCCUUAUUA